CUCAAGGAGAUCUCAAAUACAGUGUCUGUAUUUGCUACUACUACUACUGUACUCCUAUCAGGAAUAGAUCACUACCAUACGCGAAGCUCCACCGUCGACUUUACCUUACUUCACCCAUCGUUCGUUGCCCACCUUUCAUUAAUCCAACUUCCAAAACAUCUCCUAGCUUUCCAAUUUUCAAUUUUAGAUUGAUCUACGUCAGUCUUUGCCCAAUUUUCUCACCAAAAAUCAUCAUGAAUUGCGAAGUUUGCCAACUCAAAGAACUGGAGGUGGAGCACUUUGAGAUACGGGAAGUUCUACGCUGCAUAUUACAUACAAUUGUCUUUCAUCGGGCUUUAGGUCUUGUCCGGCCUAAAGACAUUGAUUUGGAGCUCUUUGAUAUUACAUAUGUGCAAUGUGGGGAUAUCGAAGUUGAAAAGAAAAUAGAUGAGAAGAUUGAGCAAUUUGUAAGUUGGGUUGAGAAACACCCGAAUAAGAAAAGCGAGAUAUGUUUGUCCUUUUAUGAAGUGAAAAGCAAGCAUCCAUCAUGGUUCACUAACAAAAUUGAACGACUAGAUUGGGAACAAUGGCAUAUCAAUUUGAAUGUGACUCAACACCCAAAACCAAAAGCACACUCUGGAAAGUCUCAUCAUUCUAAAAUAGUUGUUGAUCCAGGAGAGAGUGCAUCUGAGGAGAGGAGUGUUCGCAGAGCAUCACUUGAAGUAUCUCUUCGCGAGGUUUUGUUCCAAAUAAUAAAAUUUGUGAAUGAGAAAAAAGAUCAUGUUCCCCCUAUAACUGAGAGUGUCAUCUAUUUUCCUUAUGAAAUUCACAUCCCGAGGAAAUUUCUCUGAAGCUCAUGAUUAAACUGCUGAGUUAACAUUAUACUGCCAUUACUCAGUUCAUCGGAUUCUGCGUUUGGGAUGGACAUGCUCAAGAGGAUAAUACAGACAGGGCAUCCUACUAUGCUCAGCUGAUUGUAGUAGUCGGCCCCUGAAGUAUAUUCGUCAACUUGCAGGUUCAUAAAGAGGGUUUAUUCUGUUCAUUUAUCGCAUUGCGCAGAAGAAAGCUAUGGGGUAGAGAUUGAUCCCUGGAAAAAAGUGAUUCAGUAACUUAUCGACGUAAAUAUUCUGCUUUUGCGUCUCUCCCAGCUCCCCUGUUUAUCUUUUCUCCUCUACAUACUAGACUGAUGCCAUCUCAGUCAAUGAAAUACCAUAAUUGUCAUAAGACUUGAUAUAGUGAAAUUAAUGAAUUGAUCCUUGUGUUAUCAAAAA